UUUCCCCUGUUAAGACUCAACACAGCUCAGAAGCCUCACAGAAGGCGAGCUGGAAGGAGCUUACAGUAAUGUGUUUCUCUCUUAGGCGCGCUUUGUUUUAGUCUCCUUCUUUUAUUAUGGAGGCCCCCGGCGACGACAGGAAAAGGAAGCCGUUUGGGAACCGUUUCCUCACUGAUCCGACUCGCCUUUUCCAGCACAAUGCUUGGGAUAACGUGGAAUGGUCUGAAGAGCAGGAAGCUGCUGCCCGAGCAAAAGUCCAAGAAAACAGCAUCCAGUUUGUACCACAAGAUCAGCAAGAUGCUUAUGAGGUAAAUGCCAACAAGCAUUGGAAUGACUUCUACAAAACUCAUGAAAAUGGGUUUUUCAAGGACAGACACUGGCUGUUCACAGAAUUUCCUGAACUGUUGCCAAACUUGUGUGACAAUGAGGAUGGCGCAUGUGUCACCAAAGAUGCUGUGAGAAAUGUCAGAAUCUCAGACCUUGGAAGCAGCAGUGUCCAUGGACUUGAUUCAGUAACGAAUGAUACCUUGAAGCGUCUAACUUCUGAGCCAGACAGUAGUGACAUGAUCCAUGCAGAGGUGGUCCCAGGAUCAAAGACAUUAGAGGAACAAAAACUAAGAGAAGGUGACUUCCCAGGGUCAUCUGCAACUUAUCGAAUACUAGAGGUGGGAUGUGGUGCUGGAAACACAGUCUUCCCCAUCCUCCAAACUAACAAUGAUCCAGGCUUGUUUGUGUAUUGCUGUGAUUUCUCCACUACAGCAGUGGAUCUUGUCAAGGCCCAUCCAGAAUAUGAUACUUCUCGUUGUUUUGCCUUUGUUCACGACCUGUGCAAGAGUGAGAUGUCCUUUCCAAUGCCAGAGGAAAGUCUUGAUGUGGUGGUUCUCAUUUUUGUCCUUUCAUCAAUUCUUCCAAAAAAAAUGCAGUGCAUAAUCAACAGACUUAGCCAGCUUCUGAAACCUGGGGGAAUGAUUUUGUUACGUGAUUAUGGCCGUUACGAUCUUGCUCAACUCCGCUUUAAGAAAGGUCAAUGUCUGGCUGAUAACUUCUACGUGAGAGGAGAUGGCACCCGAGUCUAUUUUUUCACACAAGAUGAAUUGGAAUUGCUGUUCUCUACUGCUGGCUUGGAGAAAGUUCAAAACAUGGUGGACCGACGUCUUCAGGUGAACAGAGGAAAACAAGUCACAAUGUACAGGGUGUGGAUCCAGUGCAAAUAUCGCAAGCUUCCCAGGCAAAGGAAAGAUGGGGAGUUGGUGGAAGAAAGAACUCCCUUCCAACACUGUAGCUGAAUAUGUUAGAGUCCUCCCUGUGGGGAAACUGCCCCAUGAUGUAAGGAAAAUUAUCACCAACUUGGUCAAGCUGUAGAGCUCCACUGUGCUUUACUGACACUGGUCUCAGCAUAUCUGGAGAGAGAGAAUUUUAAGAUUGUGGGCUGGGAUGGGUAGAGAAUGCUCAUUAUGUAUAAUGAACUCAGUGUUGCGGGCUUGUAUGUGCCCAUACUACUUCUUCCUCCUGGCCAAAUAUUUUUUUAAAAAAUUAUACUUUAAAACUGAUUAUAGUUCUGCAUUUUGACUGACAUUAUAGUUAGUUUAAACUAUGGUUAGUGUAAACCACUAAGAUUAAACCAUGGUUUAUCAUCCUGACUUGACUGUUGCCUUCCUACAUUUGGGUAUAAUGGGGACUAGCGCUACCUGAAAAGAGCAGAACAGAUGCUACUGCUUGCCAGGAGAAGAGAUGACUUAGAUUUAUUCAGGCCUGUCAUUUGUUACUAGACAUUGCAGGCCUACUCUUGUCUAGCUGUACCUCUUGAGAUCAUUAAGAGGAGCUAUGCUGGUUCACACCAAAUCCUAGUUAGUCUUGCACUCUUUUCCUACAACUGUAACAACCUAUGCUUCUAGAAAGCCCACAUACAGGACACGAGGCAAUAGUGCUCUUCUGGUCAUGUUAGCUGACAGCUAGGAGUCUGAGAUGUACUGCCUCCAUUCAUGGACAUAAUUUAUACCAAUUAUGACUAAAAGCCAUUA